GUUUGUUUCUGCAGCUGCUGACGUUGGUGCUCAGCUCAGUGACGAUGGCGUCCACAGAUCUGUCCCUGCUGGAUCUAACAGAUAAGGAAACUCGGGAGAAAUUGUCUUUAUGGGACCGCCGUAUAGAUGCCACGGCCCCUCUGACGGAGAGGCAAAUGGACUCUGUCCUGGAGAUCCGAGCUGCAGCCGAAACGCUCUCUGUUCCCUCGGAGCUGCCCAUCGAGGAUCUCUGCAGUCUGUCAUCUCGGUCCUUGCAGUCCCCGUUCACAGCAACAGUGCCUGCUUCCACAGAGGACGUCCUGCUCCAAGGUUUUCGACUCCUCGAAAUGGAAAAUGACAGAAUAGAAACAGCACAGCAGUUCUUUUCCUGGUUUGCCAAGUUACAGACACACAUGGACUUGGAUGAGAGCUCAAAGUACAGGAGAACCAGAGAUGAUCUUAACAGCUACCAAGUACAGUGUGAUGCUAUUCUGAAAGAUGUGAAUGCUGCUCUCGAGCAUUUGGAUUCUCUCCAAAAACAGUACCUGUUUGUGUCCAAUAAGACCGGCGCCUUGCAUGAGGCCUGUGAACAGCUGCUAAAAGAACAAUCAGAGCUGGUUAACCUGGCAGAGAGCAUUCAGCAGAAACUAUCAUAUUUUAAUGAGUUGGAAAACAUAAACACGAAACUGAAUUCUCCAACUUUAUCUGUAAAUAGCGAAGGUUUUAUACCCAUGUUGUCCAAAUUGGAUGACUGCAUAGAAUAUGUUUCCUCACAUCCCAAUUUCAAGGAUUAUCCAGUUUAUUUGGCUAAAUUUAAACAAUGUCUUUCUAAAGCUAUGCACUUCAUGAAGGUCUACGUUGUAAACACUAUGCAAUCUCUUACCAGCCAGUUGACAAAAAGGGAUCCUAUGGGUCUAACUAACGCAGACAACGCCUUUACACUUUACUAUGUUAAAUUCAGAGCUGCUGCACCUAAAGUCAGACCACUGAUUGAACAGAUAGAGCAGCGAGCAGAAAAGAUUCCAGAGUACCAUCAGCUGCUAGAUGAAAUCCAUCAAUGCUACCUUGACCAGAGAGAACAGUUGCUCUGUCCCUGCAUUACGUCGACCAUCACUGACUUGACCAAGCAAAACAGCAAAGACCACUGUGCUCUGGUUCGAAGUGGCUGUGCCUUUAUGGUUCAUGUGUGUCAGGAUGAACAUCAGCUGUUUAAUGAAUUCUUCUUAAAGCCUACAUCCAAGUUAGAUGAACUACUAGAGAAGUUAUGUUUGUCGCUGUAUGAUGUUCUACGACCGUUGAUAAUCCACAUCAUCCACCUUGAAACGCUGUCUGAGUUGUGCAGCAUCCUAAAGAAUGAGAUGCUGGAGGACCACGUUCAAAACAAUGCUGCUCAACUGGGUGCCUUUGAAGCCCUGGUGAAGCAGAUGCUGGAGGAUGUUCAGGAGAGGCUGGUCUACAGGACUCACAUCUACAUCCAGACUGAUAUCAUUGGUUACAACCCAGCUCCGGGUGAUCUGGCUUAUCCUGAAAAACUGGAAAUGAUGGAAAGAAUUGCCCAGAGCUUGAAGGAAGAACAGAUGAAACAGACGUCACAAGACCCUACAUUUUCAGAUGUGCAGCUUGAGGAUGCAGAUAGAAGAAGAAACAGUAAUGCGGGCAGCGUGGAACCGUCUCGUCUGCAGACAUCUGUGUCUCCUGCGGAUCUGCACGGCAUGUGGUACCCCACUGUCAGGCGAACCCUGGUUUGUUUGUCCAAGCUCUACAGAUGCAUUGAUAGAGCAGUGUUCCAGGGUUUAUCUCAAGAAGCCUUAUCUGCUUGCAUCCAGUCACUUCUUAAAGCUUCUGAUAUCAUCCUUAAAAACAAGACCCAAAUAGAUGGGCAACUUUUCCUGAUCAAACACCUGCUGAUACUGCGGGAACAGAUUGCCCCAUUUCACACUGAUUUUGCCAUCAAGGAAAUCUCGCUGGAUCUGAAAAAAACCCGAGACGCUGCCUUCAAAAUCCUGAACCCCAAGGCUGUUCCUAAAUUCUUCCGUCUCAAUAGUCACAAUGCCAUACUUGAAUUCCUUUUGGAGGGAACACCGGAGAUAAAAGAGCACUACAUUGACUCAAAGAAGGAUGUGGACCGACACCUGAAGUUCAGCUGUGAGCAGUUUAUCCAGCAGCAGACUAAGAUAUAUGUGGGGAACCUUGAGGAGUUUCUCACCAAGGUUUCAGCUCUGAAAACGAUGACCGUCCAAGGUGGUCCCACAUAUAGCCUGUCUCAGCAACCUUGGGCUCAGCCAGCAAAGAUCAACGAUAUAGUGAUGGCCACAUACCGGGUGAUGAAGAGCAAGCUGCCGAGCACUUUACAGAGCAUGUCCUUGUAUCUGGCCAAUAGAGACACAGAGUUCAUUCUUUUUAAGCCUGUCAGGAACAACAUCCAGCAGGUAUUCCAAAGACUGCACGCUUUGCUUCAGGAGGAAUACAGUGGAGAAGACCUUCAAAUCAUCGCAUGUCCAUCUAUGGAGCAGAUUAACCUGCUGCUGUCUGUGAAUAAGUAAUGUUUGGUGAAUUGAUGCACCUUCAUGAUAGCAACGUGAAGCCAGAGCUUCAGCCAUGACCUGGAGACUGAGUGGGUGGAAUGACCAUGGACAAAAAGCUGCACGCGUGCUGCCUGCUGGGACGGGAGUGCUGGAUGGAUGCUUGGAAACAAAACAGAAAAAAAAACUCCAAACAGUCCAAAGAUUUUUCUGGUUGAGGUUUUGAUUCUGUUGAAUUUUAAUAAAAGGAAAAAGUUUUCAGGUUCAACUUGUUGGACAAGUUAAAGGUCUUAGGGUUACUCUUGCUCUAAUAGUGGUGGGUUUUUGAUAACUGUUGCAUCUCUUUAAGAAGAUUUAGAGUUAAAUUAAAGACAGGAUGGGGAUUUAAGGAUAAGGACAUGACAGACAUAACUAACCAGUUAGCAGGAAACUACUGUAACGGCCAGUAAGAGGCCCUAACAGUCAUAUGCCCAGUUCCUUUCUUUGAUUUGGAAGGACAAUGCUGCAAAAAAAUACUUCACUUCUUUUUUUUCACCAUGUGGAAGUCUGCCCUGCAGAAGUUUUAACACCCUUUAAACUGUUUCACAUUUGGUCACGUAGUAACCACAAACUUUAACACAUUGUGUGGAGAUUUAUAUGAUAGGCUCGCAUUAGGACUGAAAGUGAAGAAAAUAAUACAUGGUUUACACAAUUCAUUGAAACAUUAAUCCAUAAAGUUCGGCCUGUAUUUGUAUUCUUUAAUAAAGAUGAAUAGGUUUAAACAAGGGUUAGGUUUUAAAAUAACGUAGUUUUGUUUCCAUCUCUCAGAGCACUGGUCUUUCCAUCUAGGUAAAUGGUAUGCUUCAGCUAGACUCACAGUAUUGUAAGGAAAUCUUUAAUCAGAAAAGCAGCCAGGAGGCUUUUGGUAUCUAUGCAGUAACUGCAAAUAUUCCCCUACUCAGGUGGAUAACUAUUAUUAUUUUUUUUCUCCUGAGAUAUCUUUGAUAUAUGAGUUACUAGAAAACAGUCUAUUAGAAAUUCUUGCAUUUUGUCACAAUCCUUGCAGGGGACACAGCAAACAAAGCAAUCUGUUAAGAUGCUGUUGUUGAAGACUGAUGGAAAUGAGUGAAGGGCAUUCCUGGAAAA